GGGAGGAGAAGGAGAGGGAGCGAAGCAGAGCGAAGAGAGAGGGGGGGGGUCACGGCGGAGGGUCAAAGGGGAAAGGUCACCCACCCAGCAUCCUCCGGGUUGGAUACACAGCCAUCUUGGUUCUGCGGGACAAGAAAAUUCAUGCGGUGACAUACAGCAUGUUUGGUGCUUCAAGAAAGAAGUUUGUAGAGGGAGUCGACAGUGACUACCACGAUGAGAAUAUGUAUUAUGGCCAGUCAUCGAUGUUUCCGCAUCGGCCGGAAAAAGAUAUGCUGGCAUCUCCAUCACCAUCCGCAUCGGGUCAACUGUCUCAAUUUGGGGCAAGUUUAUACGGGCAACAAAGUGCACUAGGCCUUCCAAUGAGGGGGAUGAGCAACAGCACUCCUCAAUUAAAUCGCAGCUUAUCACAAGGCACUCAGUUACCAAACCAUGUAACGCCGACAACAGGGGUACCGACAAUGUCACUUCAUACACCACCAUCUCCGAGCAGAGGCAUAUUGCCGAUGAAUCCCAGGAAUAUGAUGAACCACUCCCAAGUUGGACAGGGCAUUGGAGGAAUUCCUAACCGGACAAACAACAUGAGCAGUUCAGGUUUAGGUAGUCCUAACAGAAGCUCGCCUAGCAUAAUAUGUAUGCCAAAGCAGCCAUCAUCCCGGCAACCUUUUACUGUGAACAGUAUGUCUGGGUUUGGAAUGAACAGAAAUCAGGCAUUUGGUUUGAACAAUUCCUUAUCGAGUAACAUUUUUAAUGGAACAGAUGGAAGUGAAAAUGUGACCGGAUUGGACCUUUCAGAUUUCCCUGCACUAGCAGACAGGAACAGAAGGGAAGGAAGUGGGAACCCAACUCCAUUAAUAAAUCCAUUGGCAGGAAGGGCUCCUUACGUCGGAAUGGUGACAAAACCAGCAAGCGAGCAGUCACAGGACUUCUCGAUACACAAUGAAGAUUUCCCUGCAUUACCAGGCUCCAGCUAUAAGGACCCAACAUCGAGCAAUGAUGACAACAAAUCUAAUUUAAAUACUCCAGGAAAGACUGCCUCAAGUACAGACGGACCCAAAUUCCCCGGGGACAAAAGUUCCACAACGCAAAAUAAUAACCAGCAGAAAAAAGGGAUUCAGGUUAUGCCAGACGGGCGAGUUACCAACAUUCCUCAAGGCAUGGUGACAGAUCAGUUCGGCAUGAUUGGCUUGUUAACAUUCAUCAGGGCAGCAGAAACAGAUCCAGGGAUGGUACAUCUUGCAUUAGGAAGUGACUUGACAACACUAGGCCUCAAUCUAAACUCCCCAGAAAAUCUUUACCCAAAAUUUGCUUCACCGUGGGCAUCAUCGCCGUGUCGACCUCAAGACAUUGAUUUCCACGUCCCAUCGGAAUACUUAACGAACAUUCAUAUUAGGGAUAAGUUGGCUGCAAUAAAACUUGGCCGAUAUGGAGAAGACUUAUUGUUCUAUCUCUAUUACAUGAAUGGCGGAGAUGUUUUACAGCUUUUAGCUGCUGUCGAACUUUUCAACAGAGACUGGAGAUAUCACAAAGAAGAAAGAGUAUGGAUUACCAGGGCACCCGGAAUGGAACCAACUAUGAAAACGAACACCUAUGAGAGGGGAACAUAUUACUUCUUUGAUUGUCUUAACUGGAGGAAAGUUGCAAAGGAGUUCCAUUUGGAAUACGACAAGCUAGAAGAAAGGCCUCAUCUGCCAUCCACCUUCAAUUACAAUCCCGCUCAGCAAGCCUUCUAAAGACUUCCCUGUUCAUGGGGUAUGGCUGUCUCAGCACAAUACACAACAAAACUGCAGAACUGAUGUGGCUCAGGCAUCCUGGUUUUAAUUCCUUGAGGAUCUGGCAAUUGUCUCAUGCAAAGGGAUCGUCACUUGAGGUCCUGCCUUACUAAUUAUGUGCUGCCCAACAACUAGAAUUGUAGUUUGUUUCUUUAGUUUGAGCAGGGUCUGUAUUUUUUUUUCUUCCUUUGUUUUUGUUAUCAUUUUAUGCCACCAGACACAAAUGGAUACAGAACACUGACAUAAGUUUACCACUUAGUUUCCAAACUGUUCAAAGGAAGAGCGAGAGAGAGAGAAAAACCUAAAAUUAGUCAGCGAAGUUUGCAUUGUUCAUUGUAGCACUAUUUGGUAAUAAAAACCCCCCACAUGUUUGUGUAUUUUUAUGUGAAGAUCCUUCUCGUAUUUCAUUUGGAAAGAUGGGCCUUCAUUUUACUCCCCCCUUCUGUUUUUUUGAACGGCAUAUUUUUUGCCAUGUUCAGCUCAUUCCCAGCCAAAGGGAUCUACAAUGCAUUGCAGUGCAAAGAUUUGCAGGCCCCUCUGACAGAGAAAGUGCUAACACAAAGAUUAUUCGACUGUUUAAGAGAAAGAUAUUGCCGCAACCUUUGGACAAUUUCCAGAGUUGUGUAUUACUGAGCUUCAUCUUUCCAGAAUGAGCAAAACACUGUCCAGUCUUUGUUACGAUUUUGUAAUAAAUGUGUACAUUUUUUUUAAAUUUUUGGACAUCACAUGAAUAAAGGUAUGUAUGUACGAAUGUGUAUAUAUUAUAUAUAUGACACCUAUUUUGGAAAUGUUUGCCCUGCUGUACCUCAUUUUUAGGAGGUGUGCAUGGAUGCAAUAUAUGAAAAUGGGACAUUCUGGAACUGCUGGUCAGGGGACUCCUUUGUGGCCCCCUGUGCACUAAAGGGCCAGAUUUUCAGCAGCCAAGGACAUCCAUACCCAAGUGAACGUGAUGGGACUUAAGGAAGUGAACUGAGACAACUCACUCUGGCUGUUUGAAAAGCAGCGUUUCAUAGGAAGAAAAAAAAUAAUAAAAAAAAAAGAUCAAUCUUGUAUUUUCUGACCACAUAAAGGCUUCUUCUCUUUGUAAUAAAGUAGAAAAGCUCUCCUCA